GGACAGGGAGUGGCGGCGAUGGGGCUGGGCUAGCCAGCGGGGUUAGUGGAUCUGGAGCUGAGACGGGCGAGUGGAUGACGAGUGGAGGAGGUGGCGCUGAAGGAGGUGGCGAUGCUGGAGGCGGCGGCGAGAGCGCGCGUGACAGCGCUCGUGAUGGCCAUCAUCGCCAUCAGCGGCGCCGCCAUCACCAUCACUCGACCAGCAGGGAUCCAGCGCCGAUCGAGGUCCAGAUUUCGGCAGCGACUCGGAUCCAGGCAGUGUGGCGUGGCUUUCGGGCCUGGCGUGAGAGAGGCCGGCUGCAACUGACCAAGCGCAAGAUGGCUGCGGCCCAGGUGGUGCAGACCACAUGGCGGGCAUACGCUGCUGUCCGCAAGGUCCAGCAGCUGCGCCUGGCCAAGAGAGAGCACGAGGCGGCGGUGAUGAUUCAGGCUGCGUGGCGAGGACACGCACUGCGGCUGUUGCUGGCGGUCUCACCUCAGCCGCAGCCAGUGGAGCUCCCGGCGAAGCGGCGUAUGGCCAUGGUCGACUACAUGGACGCGUCGCUUGUGCCAUCUGUCGAGCCCUCGCUUCACAAUCUCAUGCACGCGCUGCAGGAAAACUGGGCGGCAGCAGCGGCGCGAUCGGCCGAGAUUGAGGUUCUUGCCAAGGAGCUGGAGGCCAAGGAGGAGGCGCUGCGCCGCGAGCGGGAGACUAACCCGUCGUACAUCCCUCCGCCUCUUGCGCCCGGCGAGAUGAGCCCCGAUUCGCUCCGUGCCGCGCUGGUCAUGGAUGUUGAGCCGCUGGAGCCGUGCCGGGCAUUGGCCUCGCUUCUGUGCGAGACAUCAAUCCGCCGGCGUGUGCCUGUCGCGCUCGAGCCGAUGCGGCGCUCGCUGUCGUCAGGCCUCUUGCUGCGGAGCGCCACCAGCAACGCCGAGCUGUCGGCUGCAGCCGAGCAGGGCGUGCCGCGACUGUCGCGGACCAACUCGAGCACACUGAUGGUCUCGCCGUGAGCGACUGACUGUUGGAAGUGGUUUAUCAUACUCUUGCCAGAAGCUCGAUCACUGCGCAGACCGGAAGAUGGUCUGACGGGUGCUCGGCGCUCGGCAGCGAGGUGCGGAUGACGUCGGCGAUGGCCUCGGGGGUUGAGA